CACGUAAAUGUAAAUAUAUAUUGAAAGCCGGAAGCAGCCGGAACCACUCUGUAUGCAGUGUUGGCUCUGUCGAUCACAGAGUUCCUAGCAGCUGGCUUUGCCAUUGGAUCAUCUGGUCCUGUGUUAGGGUACGCGUUUAGCGCGGACAAACAAGUGAUCCAUUAUGUCAGGAAAAUGGCGCCUUUCCUCGGCAUCUCCAUCGUCAUGGAUGGCUUACAGGCUGUUCUUUCGGGGGUGGUGAGAGGCAUCGGGUUGCAGCAUAUAGGGGCGUACGUGAAUCUGGGUGCAUAUUAUUUGGUGUGCAUCCCAGUGGCUCUCUUGUUUGCAUUUGUAGUCCACCUCAAAGGGCAAGGCCUUUGGAGCGGACUCGUAGCAGGAGCAACCGUACAAUCUUUCGCGCUUUCUCUUCUAACUGCCUUCACUCACUGGGAAAAUAAGGCAAUUGAAGCAAGGCAGAUGAUCUUCUCCGAGGAAUUUCCAGCUGGAAUUGAUUCCGUAUGCGAGCACGAAAGAGAAAAAUUGGUGGAGAUAGUGUGAAAAAAAAAAUCUCCAAGCAUUGAUUUUGGAAGCAAAUUAAAUGUUCACACAUAUAUACUAGCCACUCUUCGUUCAGUGAACACAGCCUUGAACUCUCUUUCAGACAUUUCCUCAAACAUCUGAUGUGCUUUGCAGCGUUGAGCAUCUUCUAUGGUAGUUGCCGCUUAAUCAAA